CUUUGAAGAAAAUUGAACAGUCCUCAUGUACGGAUGGGAAUUCAUUAAUUAAUAGAGUAAUUCUUCUGCCUACAAUGCGUAUAUAGAGACCUCGAAGUUCGUAUAUGUAUACGUUGUACGACGACUGGUACAUCAAAAAAGAGUUCUUUUUUACGGAGUUUUUCUCCUCCUCUGCAAUAGUUUCGAUCAAAUCUCCUUCUUCGGAAAUCAAGUUCAGAUAGAUCUUAAGCUGUGUGGUUCUGUAUCGGUUUCCAUCAUUUCAUGCGCUAUCCGAAUUGAGGUUUUAUGAUACUCGUCAAAUUCAUUGACCAAGACUUAGAGGGACGACUAGGAGCAGGACACAAGCUUUUGGAUCACCUGUGUUGAAUCAAUCACUAAGGAAAUCAAUUACUUUAAUUUGUGCCGACCGUUGUUCCGUAUCAAGAAGUGACAGGCGGCAUGGAUGUGUAAUCGCUUGUAUCAUUGGCCUUGCCAACGAUGUUUCAGCGGAAGGAGCAAACGCCCCUCGAGCUGUACAUUGUGACUUGCACCCUUUCACAAUUCAAGAUCUGGUUCUUGCGAGGAAAAUAUCUAAUGCAAGAUCCUGUUGAUGAACAGAUCUGUCACAAUCUCUUAGCACUAUAGCGAGAUAAUGAUUGGCCAGUCCACCAUGGGGACAAAAGUAGGCGAGUUAUCUAGAGAACCCAUUGUAGAAAACGCCAUGUGUUUCUCUGGCAAUGGUGUUUUUCCAUCCAGCAAGAGCAAAAAAGAUGCUGCUACAGAUCCUAAGAUGGAGGUUAUCAAGUCUAUCAAAGACCAUGGCGUUUGCUUUGCAGAGACGGAAUGUAUAGACAAGGUUUGCAGUGGACGACCAGAUAUGGUUGUACCACAAACCUAUCGAAUGGAAGAGAGUGAUGGCUCUGAAGUUGUGGAGGUUGAUGUCAAAGUUUGUGAUAUAUGUGGGGAUGCGGGGAGAGAGCAUUUACUUGCCAUAUGUUCUAGGUGUACAGAUGGAGCUGAACAUACCUAUUGCAUGCGACAAAUGAUUGAAAAAGUUCCAGAAGGUGAUUGGGUGUGUGAAGAAUGCAAAUUUGAUGAGGAAAUGCAAAAUAAGAAGCAUGCAAAAAGUGGCAAGAUCAAUGAGAAGGAAGAGACUCCAUUUCAAAGGAUAGCCAUAGCUAAUUCUGACCAUCCUAGAAUAAUUAAGCCAAAAAUAUCUGAUUCGGGCACAUACACAGCUAUUAAAGAACAAUGUUGUGUGAGAACAUCUGCCAAGAGACACACAGAUAUUAGUGAAGUUUCUUCAGUGGUAAAAAAACGUCGUCUUGAGUUUAUGUUGGGGUCACCAAAAGAAAAAGUUCUCAAUAGGGCUGCUUCACUUUCUCGUGAACAUUCAUUUAAGAACAUAGGGAAGCAAAAAGUUAAACUUAUAAAUCAGCUUUCAUAUGGCAUUGACCUUUCUUUGGAAACUAAGAAGCGACCUCCUGAACCGAUUUUGGCCUCAUCGAAGGAACAAAUCCAGAAAAAGGAUGCAUCACUUCAUCGGGAAAGUUCAUCUAAGAUUUUAGAAUCACGGCCAGAUGAUAGUAAGGUUUUAUCUGUAGCAAAGAAACAAACUCUUGAACCAAUCUUGUGCUCACCAAAGGCAAAAAUCCCCGUUAGAGCUGCUUCACUUUCUCGUGAGAGUUCUUUUAAAAACAUAGAGAUGGGAAGAGUGAAACCUCUGAACACUUUCUCUUCUGGUUCUGCUGCAGUUAACGUCUCUUCUUCUGCAUGCCUCCAGCUACAACCUCAGCGAGGUAUGCUCUUAAAGUCAAAUUCAUUCAGCUCCCAAAAUUCCAAACCAAAAUGCGAAUUUGUGGAUCAGGUUUCUCAUGCAAAGCAGAAAAUGAUUAGAGGGACUGAAUUUAUAAAAUCAAAGGAGGGAGCAGUCAGAUCAUUGGGCAAAUCCAUGUCUUUUAAAUCUCCAACCUCAACUCAUUUUAAUGGCACUGUGCCAAAAACCAAAAUGCUCUCUCCUAGGUUUUCUCGUGAUCACGAUAUAGGGCUAAAAAGGACAAAACAACAAAGUGCUCAAAGAUCAAAACUCUCCAAUUGCGCUUCCAUUUCUUCAUCUAGAAGUGAUAAAAACCUAUUGCGUCAUGGCAACCUCUCAUAUUCUACCUUGAAGGAUACUGAUUUAAAAUCUUCAGGUGAAACUAAGAAGCAAGCAUCACACAUGUAUGGAGUUUCUGCUUCUAAUAGAGUUAAAGACUAUAAAAAAAAGCCUAAUCAGAGUAGCCCAAAGGCGAAUUUCUCUUCAAGUACUCCUGCUGCAAAAUGUAGUGCCGACAAAGUCACUCAUGGGUCUUUAGAUGAACCCGCUGUGAAGAAUUCAGGUGAAGUCAUGCAUGAGUCUGGCGAUGCGAAAAUCGCAAUUGAGACCAUUACAUUCAAGAAACCUGGAGUGCCUGGGAAGAUCAAAGUUUCUGACCACACAGAAGACUUGUCUGCAUCAAACAAGCACAACAGAGUGUGUACUGAGAAUCAGUUACCUAGUUCAAGUAGCAGAAUUUUUAUCUUUUCUAAAGAGACACAUGUGGAGCUUAAACAGUUGGACCAAUCAGUUGAUGAUCCACUUAUGCAUGAUCCACUAUCAGUUACCUGCUCUUCCGAAGCUUAUACCAACAAUGUGGAGAAGCUGGUAGAGCUUCCUGAUGAAAGUCCUAUAAUAACUGGACAUGCUGGUCCACCGGUUCCAUUUGAUGGAAAAUCUUUUAUAAUUAAUAUGCAACCCUGUUCUUCAACUGAAAUGGCAUCUCCAAGAACAAUCAUUCCCGAACACCAGUAUAUAUGGCAAGGAGGAUUUGAGAUCCACCGGAGUGGUAACUUCAUUAAUCUAUAUGAUGGGAUUCAGGCUCAUGUAUCAACAUGUGCAUCAUCUAAAGUUUCAGAUGUUGUAGAUAAGUUCCCUCAGAAACUUGUGCUUAGAGAAAUUUCACGAUCGAGUUCCUGGCCAAUACAGUUUCAGGAUCACGGUGUUCGUGAAGAGAACAUAGCCCUCUUUUUCUUUCCUGUGGAUAUAGUGAAUUAUGAGAAGAGUUACAAAAUUUUGUUGGGGGAUAUGAUGAAGCACGAUCUAGCUCUUAAAGGAAAAUUUGGAAGCAUUGAGCUGCUGAUAUUUCCAUCUAACCAGCUUCCUGAGAAAGUACACAGGUGGAAUAUGAUGUAUUUCCUGUGGGGUGUGUUCAAAGGGAACAAAGAAAACAAUUUACGUGUUUGUGGUGCCGAGAUGUUACUCACUCAAGAUAUUCCCAGGACCAUGCCACCCAUACCUGCCAAUUUCUGCAACCUUGGGCCAAUUGUGAAAGCUCCAAUUGACAGUACUGAUAUACCUACUGAGACACUUGCUUCAAAAGUGCUUGAACCUGUAUCUUCCAAUUUAAGAGAAGAAGGUAUUUCUUCCAACUGCAGGGUGGAGGAACAACACAGCUUUGUUCCUAAUAGUGAAAGAGUUACAAACCCUGCUAUGAGUGCUCAGCUUUCUGACGAAUGCGCUACCCAACCCGUCCUACAAAGACCACCACUUCAUUUUCGUGAAGCUCCUCUAGCUUGUAUGCAGGAGGUAGUUUCUGUCACGAGUCAAUCUAUGAAGAAAUCUAGCCAUGAAGAUGGUGUUAACUUGUUUUCGGUUAACCAAGACAGAAACUUGAAAUCCAGUGUCAAUGGAUUCUUUGCACAUAACAAUCAGACUAUUAUUAUUACCCCACAAGAGAAACCUCAUGAUAAAUCAUUGACCGAGGCUAAAACACUUUCUUUCCCUGCUUCUCCUCUUCUGGUUGACGACCUCAAGCAUGAUGCCAGCGUGAUGCACAGGAAAAUGCAUUCUGUGGUGGAAAAAGAUCUACUCCAUAAUGAGACUCUGAAUCUUGAGCUAGCUUUAGUGACUGAUGCAAAAUGUGGUGUUACCCCAACAAAAAUCCAGCUGGCAGAUAAUGCCUCAACAAGUAAGGUGGACGAGGAAGUUUCUACAUCUCUCUCUCUUUCUCUCUCUCUUUCAUUUCCUUACCCUGAAAAGGAGCAAGGUAGCUCCUCUCCAAGGACUGCUGCUCAGAGAGUGGCUGGAAGGCCAGGACAUGUAAAUACAACAUUCCUCCUCUUUUAAGGAUUUAGAGAGAAGUAGAGACAAGUUACAAACAACCAUGUUCAUCGUUAUACUUAAAUGCACCGUUACUGUUUCACAUAAUGUUUUCCCGCUUCCGUCCAUAAUGUUAGCAUUCAUGGAGAAUUAUUAGCAGUGAUGUUGUGUGGUGCCAUAGAACGAUUACCAUUGAUUUGCCCUUUUAUUAUACCUUAUAUAAAUAUUUUCUUGUAUGUAAGGUAUGCCGUCUUUGCAGCAUGUGUAUAUAGCCAUCCGUUGCUUACAGGCUGCAGAGAUAACUUUUGUAAUUUCAUCUCUUAACAACAAAUAUAGUCACAGUCGU